AUGUCCUCGCUGUGGGGCUCGAAGAAGAUCGACAACGCCAACGGUGACCAGCACGACGACGAGGAGCAAGGCGAACAGCGUGACUUCGACGCAGGCAGCUCCAGACCUCGCAGCAGAACCAGCAGAACCAGCAGAAACAUGAGAGAGCCGACGGAGAGAGACAGGCUGUUGCCUGCCAACCCACGUCCACCGCACUCAGAUGGCUAUCUAGAUCCAGAUGACCCGGCGGUCUCGCCGUACAACCUCUGGACUGUACGCUUCACCCGCUACCUGACCGUGCUCUUCCUCGUCCUCACCUUCCUGUGGUGGGUGCUGCUCCUCGUCAGCAUCUUCGUUUCGCCGCCAGGUCUGCACACGCGUGGCUCGGGCUUCUUCGACUUCGCAUACACGACUUUGACCUCGAGCGUUUUGCUGAACUCGCUUCUGUUCUUCUCGUCGCCGAGCUUGGCAAUGCGAGUCAGCCAGGGCAUCCUCUCGGUCUUCCUGUUGGUCAACUUGAUCAUCAUCGCCUCGGUAGCGAGACUGAGGGCGGAAGAGGGAGCCCCGGGUAUCGCUAGUGUGGGAUGGGCUGCACUGAUGGCUAUCUGGGUCCUCUUCACAGACCGCAUUGUCGCAUGGGGCAAGCGCGAGGAAGAGGAGCGUUUAACAGGAAGACCUGAGACCAGGCGGACACUCAAGGAGUGGCUGUCUGUGCUCGCAUCGACAACCAUCUUGGUCAUCUUCAUCAUCAUAACAAUCUUGAUGACAGCAACCUUGAUGAUUCGCAGCAUUGACGCAGGACUUGAGUUCGACGGGGACCGCAUUCGUGUUGAUGAUGGCAAGUAUGAAGUGCACUUUGCUUGCGUCGGAAACGCCACGACAGAUGCCAAGGGCAAGAGAUCACCGACCAUCCUGCUUGAAGGUGCCGAAGAUCCUGUCGAGUACGACCUGGAACACUGGGCAUACGCUGCCAUGCAGAACGGCACAAUCGACCGCUACUGCUAUUGGGACCGUCCUGGAUAUGCCUGGUCUGACAAUGCUCCAUCUCCUCACAGCGCCGGCAUGUCUGCAGAUAACCUUGCUGAAGCGUUGGCCAUCUCUGGUGAGCAAGGACCUUGGAUUUUGGUCGGAGCUGGGUACGGCAGCAUUGUUACACGCAUCUUCAGCGCUCGCAACUUCCGCGAGGUCGUUGGCAUCAUGCUCAUCGACCCUCUGCACGAGGAUUUGCUUCAUCGCAUCGGCGACCCAAGGACCGGUUUCAUAACAUGGGGCUGGGGUAUCAUCAGUCCUUUGGGGAUCCGCCGCAUCAUCGGCGCUAUCUUCCAAGGCCAAACCAGAGACGAUCGUGUUUACGGAAUGGCUGCUUUCACCGGCGGCAAGCUCCUCAAGGCGAAGCUCCAAGAGAACCUGGUCGCGAACUCCUUCACCAAGCAGGAGAUUUCUUCCGCCAGAACCAUACAAGCCACCGACACACCACUAUCCAUCGUAUCAUCUGAGAUCAGCGUUCGCCGUGACAAAGAGUGGGGUGACAAGCAGAAGGAUCUGACCAACAUCACUGGCAAGCUCCUCAGCUGGGACGUCGUCAACAAGGCUCCCCACUACGUUUGGAGAACCUACGAUGGCCGUCAGCUGAUGGAGAAGAGACUCGGCGAGCUCGUCAAGGCACACCACAAGGCGCGUCAGGACCACCCAGAUUCCGAGAUGGGUGUGGUCGAGCAGCCGAGGGAUGAGUAA